UAAGCCCAGAAACUGCCAUAAAAUGGGAUAUACUCAUCUGACUGUUAAAUCUCCGCCCUUCCUUCCUUAUCAUACCUCAAAACCCUCUCUUAUAUCAUCUCUUUCUAUUGCCCCCACCGCGGAUGAGAGCUUCAACGGUUAUGCCCUCUUCGUUAUCCCAUAGCUGAAAUACCUUCCUUUUUUCCAGCUUUUUAUUAAAAAAACUAUUCUAUCUCUGUUCUUCAACCUUCAAGUCUCGGAAAAAUCAUCUGUUUUUUGCUGCUGCUGCUGCUUGGCGUGCAGCUAUAAAUAUCUUAUCUAAAAGAGCUUAAAGUUAGAAAUUCCCAGUUCCCAUCCCCAUCUACCCCGAGGUUGAAAAUGGCUCCAAGGAACAGCCGAGGAAAGGCCAAAGGAGAGAAGAAGAAGAAGGAAGAGAAGGUUCUGCCGGUGGUGAUGGACAUCACCGUACACCUCCCCGAUGAAACUCAUGUUAUUCUCAAGGGGAUAUCGACAGACAGGAUACUAGAUGUACGUCGUCUUUUAUCGGUGAAUACGGAGGCCUGCAACAUCACAAACUUUUCCUUAUCCCAUGAGGUAAGAGGGUUGCGGUUAAAAGACACCGUGGACGUUUCGGCGCUCAGACCGUGCGUAUUAACCUUAACGGAAGAUGAUUAUGAUGAAGAGAGCGCAGUGGCGCACGUUAGACGGGUACUGGAUAUUGUGGCUUGCACAGCGAGCUUCGGCUCAUCUGUCACCGCCAAAGAUCAGCUGAAGCCGGACGCCAGUAAGAAUGCGGCGGUUGCGCAGGAUAAAGGCUGUGCAGCAGCUAAGAAAUCCGUCUCCGGUGCGAACAAGGAAUCGGCUUCGAAAUCUUCUACGAAGGACGUGCCGGUAGAUGCAGAAGGAGAGAUGAGCCAUUCUUGCCCUAGCCUCGGCACUUUCUACGAUUUCUUUUCCCUCUCUCAUCUCGCUCCUCCUCUUCAAUUUAUAAGGAGGGCAAACAAGCGGCAAGUUGAGGAGAUCUCAGCCGAUGAUCAUCUCUUCUCCCUUGACAUUAAGCUUUGCAAUGGAAAGCUGGUUCACGUGGAAUCAUGCCGGAAAGGUUUUUAUAGCGUUGAGAAGCAGCGGAUUCUCUGUCACAAUCUUGUUGAUUUGUUACGCCAACUUAGUAAAGCUUUUGAUAAGGCCUACAACGAUCUCAUGAAAGCGUUUACGGAACGUAAUAAGUUUGGGAGUCUUCCUUAUGGCUUCAGAGCGAAUACCUGGCUUGUACCUCCAAUUGUAGCGCAAUCACCAUCAAAUUUCCCACCUCUUCCCAUGGAGGAUGAAACGUGGGGGGGUAAUGGAGGUGGCUUAGGAAGAGAUGGAAAAAACGAUUCGAUACCUUGGGCCUAUGAGUUUUCAGUUCUUGCAUCUAUGCCCAGCAAGACAGCAGAGGAGCGACAAAUACGGGACAGGAAAGCAUUUCUUCUUCACAGCCUAUUUGUCGACACGGCAAUUUUCAGAGCCAUUAGGACUGUGAAGCAUGUAAUGGGAAAGAUGAAUCCGACCUGUUCAAUAAAGAAUUGUGAAACUCUGUAUUCUGAGAGAGUAGGGGGCCUGAAUAUUAUGGUAAUGAAAGAUGCCCCCAAUGCAAGCUGUAAGGUGGACACCAAGAUUGAUGGAAUUCAAGCAACUGGAGUAGAUCAAACAAAUUUGCGUGAAAGAAACUUAUUGAAAGGGAUCACAGCUGAUGAAAAUACGGUUGCGCAUGAUACUUCCACUCUUGGUGUAUUAAAUGUGAGAUACUGUGGCUAUAUUGCCUUUGUGAAGGUUGAGGGGAGAGAGAAUGAGAAAAGCAGUCCACCAUAUCAAAGCAUUGAACUUGAGCAGCCUGAAGGCGGGGCCAAUGCCCUCAAUAUUAACAGUUUGAGAUUACUUCUUCAUAAAACGAUACCUUCAGAACUUAAUAAGGUAGCUUCUCCUUCACAAGUUUUGGAACAUGAAGAACUUAGUUCGUCCCAAGUUUUGAUAGAGAGAUUGCUGGAAGAAAGUCUUACUAAGCUUGAGGAGGAGGAACUCGAACGGAAACCUUUUGUGAGAUGGGAACUAGGAGCCUGCUGGAUACAACACUUGCAGGACCAAAAUAGCACACAAAAAGAUAAAAAACCAUCUAGGGAGAAGUCUAAGAAUGAGAUGAAACUUGGAGGACUUGGGACACCUCUUAGGUCCCUCAAGAACAAGAAAAAAUCAGAUGGGAAUAUGGGAUCAGGAAGCUCAAACUCUCAUCCGGAUGCUGUUGAAAAUGUUACAGCAGCUUCUAUAGAAUCUCAGCUUGAAACCAGUUCAAAAGAUGAUGAACUUGUGCUGAAGAGGAAGUUAUCCGAAGAGGCCUUUGCUCGACUAGAAGAGUCGAAGACUGGACUUCAUCACAAGACUUUACAGGAAUUAGUUGAAUUGUCGCAGAAAUAUUACACUGAAGUUGCUCUUCCAAAAUUGGUUGCAGAUUUUGGUUCCUUGGAACUCUCACCGGUUGAUGGACGAACUCUGACUGAUUUUAUGCAUACUAGAGGUCUUCAGAUGCGUUCCCUUGGACAUGUUGUCAAGCUUUCAGAAAAGCUAUCACAUGUGCAGUCACUUUGUAUUCAUGAAAUGAUUGUUCGGGCAUUCAAGCAUAUUCUGCAGGUCGUGAUUGCCACUGUUGUUAAAAUUGAUAAACUGGCUGUGUCAAUAGCUUCUGCACUGAACCUGAUGUUUGGAGUUCCUAAGAAUGGAGAACUACACAAGUCUUGCAAAAUCCAUUCAGUGGUGUGGAAGUGGUUGCAGGUCUUCUUGAUGAAGCGAUAUGAAUGGGAUAUUAGCAACUUAGACUUCAAGGACAUUAGGAAAUUUGCAAUUCUACGUGGAUUAUGCCAGAAGGUAGGAAUUGAGUUGGUUCCAAGGGAUUUUGACAUGGAUUCUGCUAGCCCAUUCCAACCAUCAGAUAUCGUCAGUCUGGUUCCUGUACAUAAGCAAGCAGCAUGCUCAUCUGCUGAUGGAAGACAACUUUUAGAAUCAUCUAAAACAGCCUUAGAUAAGGGAAAACUCGAAGAUGCCGUAAUUUAUGGAACCAAGGCUCUUUCUAAGCUAGUAGCAGUUUGUGGUCCAUAUCAUCGAAUGACAGCUGGAGCUUACAGCCUUCUUGCUGUGGUUUUAUAUCACACUGGAGAUUUCAAUCAGGCCACAAUAUACCAGCAAAAAGCCUUGGAUAUCAAUGAGAGAGAACUGGGAUUAGAUCAUCCUGACACAAUGAAGAGUUAUGGAGAUCUUGCUGUCUUCUAUUACAGGCUUCAGCAUACAGAACUUGCUCUUAAAUAUGUAAAGCGUGCUCUGUAUCUUUUACAUCUUACUUGUGGGCCAUCUCAUCCAAAUACCGCUGCAACAUACAUAAACGUAGCCAUGAUGGAAGAAGGACUGGGCAAUGUACAUGUUGCCCUUAGAUAUCUUCACAAAGCUUUGAAGUGUAACCAAAGGUUACUUGGUCCUGACCAUAUUCAGACAGCAGCAAGUUAUCAUGCUAUAGCAAUUGCACUCUCAUUGAUGGAAGCAUACCCUUUGAGCGUCCAACAUGAACAAACAACCUUGCACAUUCUCCGAGCAAAGCUGGGCCCAGAUGAUUUACGUACCCAGGAUGCUGCUGCAUGGCUCGAGUAUUUUGAGUCCAAGGCAUUUGAACAGCAAGAAGCUGCACGAAAUGGUACUAAAAAGCCAGAUGCAUCCAUAGCUAGCAAGGGCCAUUUAAGUGUUUCUGAUUUGCUUGACUAUAUUAAUCCAAAUCAUGAUGCCAAAGGGAAAGAUGCUGCAGCAGGAAGGAAAAGAAGCUGUAUUAUGAAGGUGAAGGGAAAACUUUAUCCAAGUUGUGAGGAAUCCUCUAAAGAGAGUGUGAACAAAGCUUCAGAUGAGGAGACACAUGUACCUGAACCGGAAGAUAAACCGGAUGCUAACCAGGAGAUGAGCUCUUUGCCAGCACAUUCUCAGGCUCCUGUUACGGAAGAGACAACAGAGGCAAGACCAGACCUUGAUAAUUGCAUCCUAUCUGAAACACAAGCUGAAGGGGAUGAUGGGUGGCAACCCGUUCAAAGGGUAAGAGCAUCUGUCUCACUUGGGCGAAGACUAAAGCAGAGACGAGCAAGUAUAGGCAAGGUUUUCAGUUAUCAGAAAAAGAAUGUUGAUCCUGAUAUGGAAUUCCCUCUAGUCAAGGCCAGUCAUCAAAAUAAUAGGUAUUACCGUUUGAAGAAACGAACAAUAUCUCAUGGAGGUCAUGUGGAUCAGCACACUAUUAAUCCCUCCCUAGAUUCAAGAUUUGGAAGGAGAAUAAUUAAAACCGUUACAUACAGGGUUAAGUCCACUUCUUCAUCUACUAAAAGGACAACUGAGAUCUCUAGAAAUGGAGGCGAGGUGUUUAGACCUGGGGACUCUGCCUCUGCCUUUGCACCUAAUGAUCACUAUCCAAAAAAUUCUACAGUCAGUCUUGGGAAAUCUCCUUCGUACAAGGAAGUAGCAUUGGCCCCUCCGGGUAGUAUCUCCAAACUACAUUUCAGGCCUGAAACUAGUUGUCCUGAUAACCCAGACUUCAACAUUGAAAAACAUCGAGAGGAAAUGAAUGAAACAAAAGACGAUACUGAUCAGUUGACUACGGGGAUGGAGAACAUAUUUGAAAAGAAGAGUGAGAACACUAUACUGGAUUCAACAGAGAGCUUGAAAGAGGAAAUCUCGGAAGAGGAAAUUGGUGUGGAUGAAAAAAAGGAAGAAACUAGGCCAACUGCUGUGAUCGAAGAUAACUCUUGUUUGAUGGUGUCCGAGAGACUGGAGGGACAAGAACUUGAGGCUGGAGGUAAUGAGGUUCAUGAAAUUGUACAGGAUGGCAUAUUCGUAAAUGGUGUACCCGAUUCAAUUGAUUCUCCUAAAACGGAAAUCUGUGAGAAGGAUUUAUCUACACGUGUUUCAAUUGAUUCUCCUAAAAAAGAACUUUGUGAGAAGGAUCUAUCUAGAAGUUUUGAACUGCACAGUAAUUCAAACUCCACAUUACAAGGGGUAGAAGAAUUGAAAGGCAAGCCCUUGGUCCUAAACUCUGGUAACGGUCAGGGGCUUGCCAAUAAGAAGCUGUCUGCAUCUGCCGCUCCUUUCAACCCAUCAACAUCCAUUUCACGUGCUGCUCCACUCCCCAUGAACAUCUCCCUUCCUCCUUCUCCUAGACCUGUUCCAGCCAUUGCACCUUGGGCAGUUAACAUGCCUCUUCACUCUGCACCAUCUACCAUCUUACCAAAUCCAAUAUGCUCCUCUCCUCAUCAUCCAUAUCCCUCACCUCCUCCAACUCCAAACAUGAUGCAGUCUCUACCCUUUAUGUAUCCAACCUAUGCUCAAUCCCAACCGGUACCAACAAUGACCUUUCCUGUAACUAGCACUCCUUUUCAUCCCAGUCAAUUCUCAUGGCAGUGCAAUGUGAACCCCAAUAUGCCAGAGUUUAUUCCUGGGACAGUUUGGCCUGGUCAUCCGAUGGAAUUCUCUGUACCAUCACCGACUAUUGAGCCAAUUGCUGAUCAGAUACUGGAGCCUGAAGUGCAAGGUGAUGCAAAUCCAAGUUCAGCUCCUAUGCCGCCACUGGAUAUUGACAGUGUUGGAGAAGCUAAGAAAGAAGCCAACCUUUCAGCACCUCUGGCAAUAAAUAGUGUUAAGGAAGAAGCUAGAGUUGGUUUGGAAAAUAUACAGGAAAAUGGUUGCUUGAAUGAAAAUAUGAUUGAAAAUUCUGAGAACGGACUGAGCCAACACAGCAACCUGAACAAAAAUACUGAAGGCGAUGCUGAAAGGAAGAGUGAUGGUGAGAAAACCUUCAGCAUUCUAAUAAGGGGUAGAAGAAACCGAAAACAGACGUUGAGAAUGCCAAUCAGUUUGCUAAGUCGACCAUAUGGCUCACAGUCUUUUAAAGUUAUAUACAACAGAGUCAUCAGGGAGAGUGAAUGUCCAAAAUCUACAGGCUUUUGUUAGUGAAAGUUGUACUCCCAGUGCUACAUAGCUGAAAGCUUUAUUUCUUGGAUAGCAGGAUUGUCAGGAAAAGGGUAGAAGAAACAAAGUUCUAUCAACCCUACAAAAAGGCAAAGACAUCUUUCUAGCUUCAUGGUAACAAAUGUAAAUCCACGUUGGAUUUGCUAUCUUAAAUUGAGGUUGGUUUUGUUUAACAGAGGCCUGCUGUAAUGCCUUAUUCUGUACGUUUGAAUUUCUACAUGAUUUAGAUGAUAGUAUGAACAAGGAAAGAAGUGGCUUGUCGAAUCAGGUAUUGUAAUUUCACAGUUUCUUUAUGUCAUCUUUUUGCUGCUUAGAAAGUUGAAGGAAAUUAUCCAACUGGGUUAAGAGAAUGUUGAAAACUCUGUCUGACUGUUACGGUUUAUUCUGAAGAUUCAAGUGGUAACUAACUAACGGGGAUUAAGUAGGGCGCUAUUGAAGUGACAAUUUUGGUGUAUACUUCAGUUAGGAAAUUUAUUAGAUCUUGGAUCAUAGGAUGUUGUUAAGACUGAUUUCACCUUUUUGAUUUCUUUUCAUAGCAAUUGACAUUUCGUAAUCCAUUUCUUUCAAUUGUAUGGCAUUAUAAUUUUUGCCCCAUUUAUGUUUUCUUUUUUUGGGUAUUGUUAUAUUGUUCAAAUUAACAAGUUGGUCAGUUAUAGAAAUGAUUUGCAUCCCUUGGUGGACUUCCCAUAGGCGUCUAUGGAGAGUGAUCCAUUUGCAAUACCCGUUAAUGUUGAUUUAGAACUAGUCAAAUUAAGAUCUGUUGAAGUUAGUUCCCAUGCAACACAUGCAGCAACAAAGGUGGACAUGCAGCUCAUGCAGAUUCAUGCACGUAAGAAUUUAUGCACAUAAGUUGUUCGGGUAAAGUACGUGCAACUGAAGAUGUUAAUGCUACUGUUUCAUCUCAGUUUCAUUUUGUUACUUUUUUUAACAAUGUUUUUGUAAUUUAGUUCAUUUUGAAUGACAAAUUGAUGUAACUUGAUGGUCAAAGAGCUGGUUAACAGCUUUGUUUAAGUGUGCAAGUAAUAUCACCUAGUUCCAAUGUAAUAAGUGAAGUUAGGUAGUGUUUAGGUUGAUUUUUUGACCAGCCAAUGACUGAUAUAUGUAAUGGCUUUGAGCCAAAGUUUCUUUUGAAUGAAAUCAUCAGAUUUUUACUUCCA